AUGAGUGGUUUUCCGCCGCCGCCGCCGAACCUCGACCCGAAGCUGGAAAGAGAGUCUCUCGCCCCUGCCGGCCUCGCCGUCACUAUUAUCUUCACAGUAGCUUCGUGUAGCACAGUUGCCCUUCGACUGUACACACGAAAGAUCCUCCUGAGACAUGUCACCAGUGACGACUAUGCCAUUCUCUUAGCCCAAAUCUUCGGCUUGGGCCUCACAGCCAUCAAUAUCGUGUGCUUCACUGUUGGGGGUAUAGGACGACACAUUCAGUUCGUAAUGGACAAACUGCCCAUGUUCCUGAAGAAGAAGUUGGUUUACUCUGCCAUGGCCGUCUACAACGCGACACAGAUUGCAACAAAGAUAUCCCUCAUGCUGCAAUACAGACACAUAUUUCCCAGCAGGACAAUGCGGGUAAUAUGCGACUGUAGUGUUGGGUUUUUGAUCAUGUGGGGAAUUGCGCAACAGAUAUACACUUCGUUUGCGUGCGGCAUUGCACAGCUUAUCUAUCCAAAGACGGUGACUUGUAUCCGGCCCGACAUUCCAUUUCUUCUCAACGGCGCCAUGAACAUGGUUACCGACUUUGCCAUUUUGAUGGUUCCGAUCAAGCCCGUGCUCCAGUUGCAGAUCAACACGUUGCGCAAAGCAUACCUCUUGAUUGUUUUGUGCUUGGGUCUCGUGGUCUGUGUCAUCUCAGCCGUCCGGCUGGCGCAACAAGUACACGUGGACAAGAACACUACAGACGGUACAUGGAUAAUGGCAACUACCGCCAUGCUAUCUAUUGUCGAGACAAAUCUCGGCAUAAUGUGCGCUUGCGUGCCCACCCUGCGGCCAUUGGUCAAGCGCAUUGCACCGGUCCUGGUCGGAUCUUCCAACAAGGAUUCGUCCGCCUACGGCAAUGCGUACGGUCAACGCACACGGCUCGACGACGAGCAGAAUCCAAAGAGUGGACUUGGCAGCUCGAUUUACAUUCAGAAGGAAGUCAAAUUCCACAGCACGACCGAGUUGCGGAAUCUGUCGAGCAACCCUAGAGAUCCAUAUGCCAUUGACGACAGGUCGUCGGAUGAGAUUAGCCUGGAGCAGACGGGUGUGACUGCGACAUCGUCAAGAGCUUGA